AUGAAACGAAUGCAAAGUAUUUGCCUGGUGUUGUGCCUUCUGCUGCUUAGCCAAUGCACAUGCCAGCAGACAUCAGAAAAGAAGAGAAGCACAAAGAAAGAAUCAACAAAUGCUGCAAUUGAGGAACUAAAGAAACAAAUUCAAGACAUUGUUUAUGACUUGAACUUGUUGAAAGAGCAACAAUCUCUGCAAUCAAUGUGUCUGCGUGGAACGAAGGUCCUGGGCAAGUGUUUCCUCGCCGAUCCGGUCAAGAAGAAUUUCCACGCAGCCAGUGACGACUGCGUGGCCAAGGGGGGAAGCCUGAGCACGCCUGUGUCAGGGGAUGAAAACGACCAGUUGUUCAUCUACGUGCGGCAGAGCAUCGGCCCAGAGGAGCCCAUCUGGCUGGGCGUCAACGACAUGGUGACCGAAGGCCUGUGGUUGGACCAGUCGGGGUCCAAUUUACGCUUCAAGAACUGGGAGACAGAGAUCACCACGCAGCCGGACGGCGGGCGUAUCCAGAACUGUGGUGUCUUGUCUAUGACAGCCAACGGGAAAUGGUUUGACGAAAGCUGUCGGGCUGAAAAGGCUUCUGUGUGUGAGUUUAACAUCGUCUGA